AUGGCUCCCACGAACCUGCCAACCAUGGCGGCGCCACAGACGCAAAAGACUAUGUCUUCUCGCUUGAUGACGAUGAAGUUCAUGCAGAGAGCUGCUGCUACUGCUGCUACUGCGUCACCAACCGAGAAGCCCAGCACCCCGAAGACAGAGGACGAGGGUCCCUCCAAGCGCCGGAAGCAUUCCCAUACAUCGAAAACGAGCACACCCAAUCCGGAGGCCGACCAGGCAUUGUUUGACCAAAAGGCCAUCCAGGCCGCGCUGGAAGAAGAAGAGAAGAAGCGACAAGCUGCCAUUGAAAAGCGUGCUGCAGAACUUGGUGACUCCCAUUGGGUCUUACCUGGUGCUUCCCUCGCCCCGAAGGCCGGGGCUCGCCCAGUGCUGAAUGUUGUUCAAGUUGGAUUUGCGCAGAUUGAUUACUCAGGCAAUAUGAGUGAUGACGAUGACGCUCCUGCCGCUGUUCCCACCGCCGCCCGCUUCCGCCAAUUCAACAUGAAGAAAAAGGCAUGUUUGUUUAUAGAGCAGCAUUCUUUGGUUCCACGCGCUAACAGUGAUAGUAAUAGUGAUAGCUCAGGCUCAGACUCCGAUGACGACCGCUCUGAGGGUGAAGCAUCUUCCGACUCCAACAAGCAGGCAGAUCGAGGCCAACAAAAGGGUGUUAAUCCCAGGGGACAGAAGCGGGCAAGGCCGGGAUCCUCGUUCUCUGACAAGAGAAGCGAGGAGCGCAAGAAGGCAGCACAGUUUGCGCUUGGCCGACGGAAGAGGGAGGUGAAUCCCAACCGUCCUGCCACGAUAUCUGGAUCGGGUGGCCAGCCACAAGGCGUUCACCGGCAGGCUUUCACCGGCGCCUGCCACACAUGUGGACAGAACGGUCAUCGAGCUGCUGACUGCCCCCGCAAGUCGCGGAAGUAG